GGUGAACCAACCACGCAGCAGAGGAGUCUCGAGUUUCAAGUAGCUUCAAGGAUUAUCUGUAGUUUUUUUAUCCAUUUUAUAUUUCAACACCCCAUUUCAAUCCAAAAACACGCAUUCGAGCCGUCAAGGGGCUAGUAACUUUACAAGCUGUCAUCCAUCCGUCUGCGUCCAAAAAUGGCGUCUCCGCUUUUGCCUCUUUCGGGAUCAUCACACCCUUCUUCAACCGGUGGUGAUUCUCGAAGAUGGGAUCUUUCGGGCGGUGCAGGGUUUGGAGGCUCAAGAAAUAUGGGUCUAGGCAUAGAGAUGGAUACUGGACUGGGAACAGGAAGAGGAGGAUUGUCUACGCAGUUGAAGAGAUUAACGAAAUUCAGGAGCAUGGACUUUGAGCUGGCUUUUUGGCAACUGACAUAUUUGGUCGUUGCCCCUAGAAGAGUGUAUAAACAGACAUACCAUCACAAGCAAACGAAGAAUCAGUGGGCGCGAGACGACCCAGCAAUGCUCAUCCUGAUAGCAGGAUGCUUAGCAGCUGCCGGUGUCGCUUGGUCACUCGUAUACCGCCUCCCUUUCUCAAACCUCAUAACCUUGCCUCUUCUCAUGAUCUUUCGAGAUUUCCUUCUUUCUUCGCUCGCCGUCGCGACAAUCCUCUACUUCCUCUCUAACCGCCUCCUCCUCGCGCCCUCUGUUCCCCAUGCUUCAGCAUCAGAUAACAGGGUGGAAUUUGCAUAUGCGUUCGAUGUCGCUGUGAACUCGUUCUUCCCAAUGUUCUUGACUGUCUACGUUGGACUAUUGCCAUUGGCCGUUUUAGUCGUCCGAGACAACUGGGUGUGUCUCUGGGCCGGAAAUACACUGUUCUUGAUCGCUCAAGUUCAAUAUGUAUAUGUCACCUACUUGGGUUACGCUGCACUCCCAUUCGUAGCUCGCUCGCAGAUCUUACUCUCUCCUCUGCUUCCUAUCUUUGGCGGAUAUCUUUUAAGUCUAUUGGGAUUCAACACUGCCAAGCACGCGUUGGAGCUUUACUUCCGGCAAAGCUGGAAGUGAAUGGUUCAAUUUGUUAGGGGGCCAUAUAGAAGGUUUUUGGGUAUUGACGAUGUAGGAUCAUUUUAUCGCAAUACGAUCAAGCGCCAUGCAUGUUAUCUUGUUUACCCC